UCAGCAUAACAUGUCAAACCUCUGCACUAUGAUUUCUUCGACCUUCACACAACCAUUUCUCAACUCUUACUACAACUUUGGGUCGAGGAGGCCUCGCUGCAGGGCCAACAUGUGCUCGCAACCUCAAAACGACGUCGUUAUAGGGUGUGGAGGGGUUUCCAUCGAUUUCUUGGCCACCGUUGCUGCUUACCCUAAUCCAGAUGACAAAAUCAGAAGCACCAGUUUAAAGGUUCAAGGAGGUGGUAAUGCUGGCAAUGCUUUAACCUGUCUUGCUCGCUUGGGCCUAAAACCAAGGCUCAUAUCUAAGGUUGCUGAUGACAGUCAAGGGAGGGGAAUAUUAGAUGAGCUACAGGAUGAUGGUGUAGAUACAUCCUUUAUUGUGGUAUCUAAGGAGGGAACUUCACCAUUUACAUAUAUUAUUGUGGACAGCCAAACGAAGACCCGAACUUGUAUACAUACCCCUGGACAUCCUCCGAUGAUACCAGACGACCUUACAGAAUCAAGUUUGUUAUCUGCAUUGGACGGAGCAAGAAUUGUAUAUUUUGAUGGGAGGUUGUAUGAAACUGCUCUUGUCGUUGCUCAUGAGGCAGUUAGGAAGAAUAUACCCAUCUUAAUUGAUGCAGAAAGGCCAAGGGAAGGGUUGGAUGAUCUCCUGAAAUUAGCUGAUUAUGUUGUAUGUUCAGCGAAGUUUCCGAAGGUAUGGGCAGAUGCAUCAACUAUUCCACAAGCACUUGUUUCUAUGCUUUUAAGGUUGCCCAACAUAAAAUUUGCGAUUGUUACUUUGGGAAAAGACGGUUGUAUAAUGCUUGAGAGAAGUAUAAAUGGUCCUUCCACAGAAGAAGUGGAUGUAGACAGCUUAUUGGAAUCACUGGAGUUGAGAAAGAAUAAGAGUGUAUCAGUUCCAACCUGCAUAUCAUCAUCAGUGGCAAAAUUGAAGGCAGAGGGGAUAGGAACCGUUUGUGGGAAGUUAUACAUUGGAACAGCUGAGAGCAUUCCAUCAUCAGAGCUCGUUGAUACCACUGGUGCUGGGGAUGCAUUUAUUGGAGCAGUUAUCUAUGCUAUCUGUGCCAAGUUUUCACCAGAGACAAUGCUAUCUUUUGCUGCUAAUGUGGCAGGUGCCAAGUGCAGAGAUCUAGGAGCACGAAGUGGUCUUCCCUACCGUGCAGACCCACGCUUAGCAUCCUUUAUUCACUAGAUUUUCCACCGGUCUUGUGCAUAUGAGAUGUCUUCAGCAGGAUAUUCAACUGAAUUGUUCAAUGGAGUUAAUGAUCUUGGGCAUUUUGGCUCCGCUUAAAAAUUUUGGUUUCUAUUUCUUUGAUUUUUCACGGUUGAAGGGAGGAACUGAAUGUUAUCUCCCAUUUUGAUUUUAUUUUUUAACUUUGCUAUCAGUUGUUGACUUCCCAUC